GUGACUGAAUUUUGUCAAAAAUUAUGUUAUGAAGGAUUCAAAUUCUUAGUACUAUUUAUAUAACGGACAUUCUGUUGUAUUGAUGUUAAAGUCUCGAGUUUAUUCUAGUCUUUCAGAAAUAGUUUGGUAUGGAAAAGACUUUACGUCAUAAAGCUAAAAAUAAAAAAUCUACUGGCAAACCCAAGCCUACUAAAAAACGAAAAAGCGAUGGACCCAGUUGUUCAAUGUUCUUAGCUGAACUUUCAAGAAAACUAGCAUUAAAGAAGAAACAAGAGGAAGAAUCUCCUAAAAACAUAGUACAGACCAUAAUAGAAAGUAUAACAAAUGCUUUACCAAUCAAGUUUUUCAAGAAACGUAUUGAAAAUAAAGAACCACCUCUAGCAUUAGAGAAUCUACAAACUUAUGCUCCCGAACUCUUGCCUAAUGAUAAAAUUGAAAUUGUCAAAGUUGGAGAUGAAAAUACUACCAAAGAUGAGGUUGAAAUCAAGCAGGUCAAUCUAGAACAAACUCCACGAAAACCACUUUUCAAAGUACCUAAAAUGCCAGUCAUUAACAGCGAAGUAUUAAAAGUUGCUGCUGAGAGAAGUAAAAAACGAGAAGAUGCGUCUGUCAAUACUGGAGUGAGUAAUGAUGUAGCAGUUGAGUUGGCAAAGCAUGUCAACACUUUAAAGAAAAUAUCAUUGAUAGCCGAAGAGUUUAAUAAGAAAACAGCAAAAAAUUUAAAAGAAAUUGUAGACAGUGUCCAAGAAGAAUUAAUAAAGAAGUUAGAACUUGUACAAGCUGAACAAGCGUUGGAGGCAGCCAAAAAUAAUGACCCUACACAAAAGUCGUAAAUCGAAAAAGUUUUAUCGUCACAAUAAAGAUAUCAACAGUCAAGAAGAAAUUUACGCAUGUCAAUAACAACCAGUGUCAAACUUAGAUGUCAGAAAUAAAAUGUGACAACGAUCAUUCAUAAAUUCAUUGUAAAAUUUUAAAAUUAUAAAAAUAUUAAAAGUGUUUCUUUUUAGCAUAUUUUGCGCGCAGCCAUAAGACUCAAAUUACGGUUAAUACAAAUAAUGUUUCAAUAUA